AUGGCAGGAGGCGAAAGGUUUCGACCCCUCGACAACCGAUUUUGCGUGUUCUUUGUGCCACCCGAUUACAUGGAUGGUCAGGUAGCGCCUUUCGAGGCUCUCUCUGAAGGUACAGAUGUGCCAUUUCAUACUAUGGUGACGGCCCGUAAUAGCGACGAGGGAGCCAUGGAUGUAGAUUUGCCGACAUCCCCUUACAACCUGUCAAUGGAAUCGCUGGAUGACCCCGGAACCUUCGUGGCUGACGAUUUUGUGACCGCGAGCACGGAUAUGGAGGUGGAUUCGGGAGCAAACAGUCCUAAAGAUGAACUCGUCCGUCGUCACUGA